AUGAUUUUGCUGAGCAUCCUCAUCCUACUGGCUCUGUGCGGGCCUGCACAUGGCAUCUGUGGACAGACCUGUGGGCUCCGGCCACAGGGUACUACCGUCGGCUCAACACGUGUUGUGGGCGGCACAGAUGUCAUGCCAGGGACUGGGGCCUGGGCAGGAAUUGCCAGCGUCCGUUGCUACUGGAACCCACCAGUAUCUGUGCAUGUCUGUGGAGGCACCCUCGUCAGCUCACAGUGGCUCCUCACAGCUGCCCACUGCUUUAUCAACAUCACCAAUCCCCUCAGCGAGUGGGCCAUUGUGCUUGGGGCCACCUCACUGGGCCAGUCAGGCCCUGAUGUGGAAGUGCGCCGGAUUAAGCGGCUGAUCCUUCACGAAAAAUAUACUCCUAAUCUUGAGCAUCACGAUGUUGCCAUGGUGGAAUUGGACCAGCCAGUCCGGUGCAGGUCCUCCAUUCAGACCGCCUGCCUGCCUGGUCCUUCCGUGAAAGUGUCAGAGCUGAAAAAUUGCUAUGUUGCUGGCUGGGGUGACAGAAUUGUAAAAGCAUCAGGUAGAGAUGUCCUCCAGCAGGCCAAGGUCCAAGUCGUGGAUAACCAGCUCUGCAACAGUAGUGAGUGGCUGCAAGGCUACAUCUACGACUUCAACGUGUGUGCUGGGCAGGGCGGUGUUGGCACCUGCCAGGGUGACAGUGGGGGACCUCUUGUCUGCCAAGAUAAGCGUGCUGGCUUCUUCUGGCAAAUUGGUGUGACCAGCUGGGGAGUAGGCUGUGCCAGACCUAAACGGCCUGCAGUCUCCAGUUCCACUCAAUACUACUACAACUGGAUCUGGAGCACAAUGGGAAGGAAGCCAGCACCAGCAACUAUGCCACCACCACCACCAGCGCCAACCUACACGGCAGCCCCCCCGCCAACAAUAACUCCGAGACCAAUGCAACCCUGUCCAUUUCCACGUGAAAAGCUGCUGCAAUUCUUUAAUCUGCUGAAGGAUAUCUUGCGGUACCUAAAGGAAAAACUGCGGCUGAUCCUUCACGAAAAAUAUACUCCUAAUCUUGAGCAUCACGAUGUUGCCAUGGUGGAAUUGGACCAGCCAGUCCGGUGCAGGUCCUCCAUUCAGACCGCCUGCCUGCCUGGUCCUUCCGUGAAAGUGUCAGAGCUGAAAAAUUGCUAUGUUGCUGGCUGGGGUGACAGAAUUGUAAAAGCAUCAGGUAGAGAUGUCCUCCAGCAGGCCAAGGUCCAAGUCGUGGAUAACCAGCUCUGCAACAGUAGUGAGUGGCUGCAAGGCUACAUCUACGACUUCAACGUGUGUGCUGGGCAGGGCGGUGUUGGCACCUGCCAGGGUGACAGUGGGGGACCUCUUGUCUGCCAAGAUAAGCGUGCUGGCUUCUUCUGGCAAAUUGGUGUGACCAGCUGGGGAGUAGGCUGUGCCAGACCUAAACGGCCUGCAGUCUCCAGUUCCACUCAAUACUACUACAACUGGAUCUGGAGCACAAUGGGAAGGAAGCCAGCACCAGCAACUAUGCCACCACCACCACCAGCGCCAACCUACACGGCAGCCCCCCCGCCAACAAUAACUCCGAGACCAAUGCAACCCUGUCCAUUUCCACGUGAAAAGCUGCUGCAAUUCUUUAAUCUGCUGAAGGAUAUCUUGCGGUACCUAAAGGAAAAACUGUUCUGAACUGCAGAAUGGACCACCUGCAGUUCAGUCUAUAGUGACCCUUUCCUUCAGAGUUAUAUUAAUUUGAAUUUCAUUAAACUGAA